GCCUCGGGAGCUCCUGGAAUCGGCUCGAGCGCCCGAGUUCUUCGACUGGUUGACGACCAUUCGCCGGCGCAUCCACCAGCACCCGGAGCUCGCCUUUGAGGAGUACGGGACGAGCGAACUGAUCCGGUCGGAGCUCGACGCUCUCGGCGUCGAGUACACUUGGCCGGUCGCCAAGACCGGCAUCGUCGCCUCCAUCGGAUCCGGCGCCGGUCCCGUCUUUGCGCUGAGGGCCGAUAUGGAUGCGCUCCCGUUGCAGGAGCUGGUAAACUGGGAGUACAAAAGCAAAGAGAGCGGGAAAAUGCAUGCUUGUGGUCAUGAUGCUCAUGUAACAAUGCUUCUUGGGGCAGCUAAGUUGCUUCAACAUCAGAAGAGUGAGCUGAAGGGCACCGUGAAACUUGUUUUCCAACCGGGAGAAGAGGGUUAUGCCGGUGCUUAUCACAUGCUGCAAGAGGGUACUCUGGAUGAUGUGGAGGCAAUCUUUGCUAUGCAUGUUCAACCUAGUCUUCCGACUGGUCACAUUGCUUCGAGAGCUGGUCCUCUUCUUGCAGCAUCAGGACGUUUUCAUGCAAUUAUUAAAGGACAAGGUGGACAUGCAGCAUCCCCACAUAGAACAAUUGAUCCAUUAGUUCCUGCAUCCUUUGCAAUCCUCAGCCUUCAACAGCUUGUAUCUAGAGAGUCGGACCCUCUAGAAAGCAGAGUCGUUUCAGUUGGGUUCAUAAAGGCUGGAGAAGCCCACAAUGUUAUCCCAGAGUCUGUGACUUUCGGUGGCACAUUUAGGAGCAUGACCAGAGAAGGUCUUUCCUACCUUUCAAGAAGGAUUAAGGAGAUUAUAGAGACACAGGCUGCUGUUCACCGUUGCACUGCAUCCGUAGAUUUCAUGGAGGAGAAACUCAUACCGUAUCCUGCAACUGUGAAUGAUCAUCAGAUGUAUAGCCAUGUUAGGAAGGUGGGAGAGAAUCUGGUUGGAGAAGACAAUGUCCACGAAAGCCCACCGACCAUGGGUGCCGAGGAUUUCAGCUUCUUUUCACAGAGGAUGCCGAGCUCCAUGUUCUGGCUUGGAGUCAGGAAUGACGACAGCGUGGGGCCAGUCCAUCCAUUACAUUCCCCCUACUUCUUUCUUAAUGAGCAGGCACUUCCAAUAGGAGCUGCUUUCCAUGCAGCCGUCGCAAUGUCUUACCUGGAUGAACAUUCAGCAUCGUCCUAAAAAUCUUGCAUCUCCGAGUCGCUGUACUAUGCAGCCUUUUGUGUUGCUUGGUAAGUGGUGUUGGCACUUUGUUUUCUCUUGGGUACUUUCAUCAAUGUGGAUAACUCGAUUGCAUAGGUUUUAAUUAUAAUUCAACAACUUUUAUUUUUCCAGACAAGUUAAACAUGUUUUAUUUAUUGUUUGCAAGCAA